GUGGCUGGCCGCAGUUUGCAGUACUGACUGCUGCAUUUCUCCUGUUCUGUGGAGCGCCGGCUGGAGGUGAAAGGGCAAGCUCUCUUCCCGGGGGAAGGACAGCUUCACUAGGAUCUCUGGUCUCGUCUAGUUAGUGGCUGGUUGCAACACUUGGCGGACACUAAGGCAUUGCAAAUGUGUAAGUGUCAGAUGUGUUUAAAAAGAAAUGCCUCAACAGAAUCAAAUGACUCAAAAGGAUGGCCGUAGAUUAAAACGGACUGAUGGGAAACUCAUUCAGUGAGGAUCAAGCCAGCUUUGAAAUCUACAGCCAGCUGCUCAAAGAAGAUGUCCACACCCACCAAGGACUUCUGGAACGAUGUCCCUGAAGAAAUCCUGGCCCACAUAUUUUCCUACUUGCCUUUUAAAGACAGACACAUGGCCUUUGAUGUGUGCCAGCGCUGGUUCAAGGCAGUUUCUGUCCCUUCUGUCUGGAGCUUUACUGAGAUCCGCUGUAACACAGAGAAUAUGAGUGAGGACGACAUGUUGAGGAGGCUACAGCAGUUCCUGUGCAGUAUCAAACACCUGAAGAUUGUGCUUGAUCCCUCCCAGCAACUCGAUCGGUGCCAGGUCACUCAGAUAUUUGACAGGCUGUCUUGUCAGAGCCACAAGGUGCGGGGGCUGAGUAUUGAGUGCGGCGGAAGUGGUCCCUAUUUCUUUUCUGGCCAAGACAUCCUGGAGAGCUUCAGGACACUCUGUGAGAAUACGAGCGAGCUUGACCUUCAGUAUAUCGAUUUCCGGCAAAUGCCUUUUACUCUGGAUAACAGGCUGAUCCGGCUGAUUGCAUCCAGCAGCCCGAAUCUGCACACCUUGUUAAUCAACAACCACCCCACUGGAAUAAUUAUCCUUGAGCCAGAGACAGUCAUUGAAGUUCUGAGGGUUUGCCCUAAACUAUCUGCAUUGGGAGUCUAUAACGGCCUCCUCUGUGAGAAUCUGUUUCGGGAAUUGGUGACACCAAGCAGAGGACCUUUGAGGUUCUUGGAUGUCUUUUGUGAGGGCCUGCACAAUUACAUCCAUGAAGAGCUUUGGUCUUCUCUGACUGAGAGACACCCACAGGUCCGUGUCGGGCUGGAGUUUGGUCCUACAUUCCCCUCAUGGAACAUACCUCUGAUUUUAAUGCCAAAUAUUCCCGUGAUUGCUUUGCAAUUUAGCUCCAGCACAAACAUUCUGAGGCUGAUCUGGUUUGUUACUGCCAGCUACGGCAGGACUCUGGAGAAGUUGGUCCUUCGCCCCACCCCAUCCGAGGACCUCAAUCUCUCUCUCAUAGAGCUAGCAGAGAGAUGUGUGCAUCUGAAAGAGAUUCACUGUUCCUGUGCAGUUAGCCAAGCAGUUAUAGAUGCUUUCCUCUUGAAUUGCCCAGGUCUGAUCAGAUACACUCUGUCAAAGCAUCCUCCCUUCUAAGCACAGCUGGCAGCACAAACAGUACAAACUUCUGCUGUACCAGAGCAUAGAUAUGGAUGCACCCCAAAAGUAACUGUGUUAGGGGGAGAGUCAAGGACUGUUUGAUCUGACAUCGGGGGGGGGGCGGCAAAGACUCUUACUUGAACUUUGAGACAAUACUUGGUUCUCUUUCGUCUGGAGACUGGUGGUUGAAAUAUUUUAUGAAGUAUGCAUUUUAAUAUUUUUAACAACUUGAUGGUAAAUAUAAUAUACAAUAAAGAUUUGAAUAUAAAAUUCUA